ACUGUCACACGUAUUCAGUACGGUAAGUACAGGUAUGUGCCCUUUUCUUGUAAUGCUUAGUCUUUCCCUUUAUUCUUUUUCUCUUAGUUGGAAGGAAUGGGUGAUUGAUCCAGCUGAUCAUUCGUAUUACAUCUGGCUCCAUGUGAUGAUAGUGCCCAUUCUUUACAACUGGGUAAUCAUCAUCUUGAGGACAUGUUUCAAAGCUAUUGCUGUGAGCUACCUCCCUGUGUGGCUCACCCUGGACUAUAUGUCAGACCUUAUGUAUUAUGCUGACACAAUCCUCACUCUUCAUACAGGUUACUUAGACCAAGGCAUCCUUAUCAAGAACUUAACCCGUUUGAGGAAGCGCUACCUCACCUCCAAGCGCUUCCUGAUCGACUUACUUUCCCUUCUUCCCACGGACUUUCUCUACUUUGUUUUUGGAAUUGAAACUCCUAUGGUGAGAGUCAACCGCCUACUCCGCAUCCCGCGACUCAACGAGGCAUUGGAUCGCAUGGAGACGAGAACUUCCUACCCCAACACUUUUCGUAUCACCAAGCUCAUGAUGUACAUCUUUGUGCUGAUCCACUGGAAUGCCUGUCUCUACUUUUCGCUCUCUGAUUACAUUGGCUUUGGAAUGGAUCGUUGGGUCUAUCCCAACAUCUCCAAUCCAACUUUCGCCACUAUGCAGCGGCAAUACGUUUACUGCUUCUGGUUUUCUACAAAUAUCUUCACAACCAUUGGAGACACACCACUUCCGGAAAGAGAAGAAGAGUUCUUAUUUAUGAUUGCAGACCUGCUCAUUGCUGUGUUGGUCUUUGCUUCAAUUGUUGGUAAUGUUGGCAGUGUCAUAACAAGCCUGAGAGAUCGUGAUAACGUCUUCUUUCCGAAUCAUGAGCUGGUGAAAGCAUACCUGCGCAGCCACCAUGUUAGCAAGGAGCUGCGACAGCGCAUUGACAACUGGUACCAGCAUCUCUACAUAAACAAGAAGAUGAUGCGAGAGAACGAAAUCCUGCUGCAGCUGCCUUUACACAUGAGGACGGAGAUUGGUGUCAGCGUUCACCUCCCCACACUCUCCAAAGUCACCAUCUUCCAGAACUGCGAGAAAAGCCUCCUGGAGGAGCUAGUCCUCAAGCUAACACCGCAGGUGUUCAGUCCAGGAGAAUAUGUCUGCAGGAAGGGUGAUGUGGGCCACGAAAUGUAUAUCAUCAAAGAGGGAAAACUUGCUGUUGUGGCAGAUGACGGGGUCACAGAGUUUGCCGUGUUGAGUGCAGGGAAUUUUUUUGGUGAAAUUAGCAUCCUCAAUAUUAGAGGCAACAAGUCUGGGAAUCGUCGCACAGCCAACAUCCGGAGCAUCGGUUAUUCUGACGUGUUUAGCUUGUCAAAGGAAGACCUGACAGACGUCCUCUCUCAGUUUCCAGCAGCCAAACGCCACCUGGAGGAGAAAGGCAGACAGAUCCUUGUCAAGAUGGGGAUGCUGGACGAGAGUGCAGAAGAAGGAGAUGGGGAUGCAGAUCAGAUUGAAACCAAGUUAACGAAACUGGAGGACCACCUGGAGCUCAUGCAAACAAAACUUGCUCGACUAAUGGUGGAAUUAGAAUCAAGCAACAGCAAAAUGCAGGCCAGGGUGGAGCGACUCGAGUGGGAGCUUGCAUCACAGGAAGCUGAUAUGUUGGUAUAUGGAGAGAUAGAAGAGAUGACAAAGAAAAGAGGAGAGGGUGUAGGAGAGGAAGUCAAGUGGGAGCGAGAAGAGGCAGAAGGAGAAGAGGGAGAUUCAUGUGAAAAGGCGAAAAUACAGGAUCAGGAAGAAGAUGUUGAGGAUGUGAGCAAAGAGGGAGACGGUGAGAGCACUAAAAGCACAAAGGAAGAAGUUGAAAGACCACCUGAGGGAGACCAAUCUGGUCUGAAGGCAACAGAUUACUGGGAAGAGAAAAAAGAGGCAGAAAAAGCAGAGGAUGGGCACGGGAAAGGCGACGGAGCUGAAGGAGAAUGUGGAAGUAAAAAAGAGGAGAAAAGUAUUGAGAGGGAAUUUGAGGAGAAGACAGAAUACAAUGAGGAAGACCUGAAGGAAAAAGAGAUGAAGAAGUGAAAUGAAAGAAUACAUUAAAAUAACUUUAAAAAGAUCUGCAACUGAUAAAGCAAAGUUAAGAGAAAAAUAGCUGCUUAAAUAUUAACGCUUUUGUGUGCAAUACUGUGUGUGUCCUCUAACUGGCAGCAUUGCACAUUAAUGUCAACUUUAUGGGAUACUUAUUCAUAUGUGCUUUACCACACAGUUCAACUAUUUGGUAUAUUAGGGAAUACACAUCAUCUUUGGAGCUCUUUGUGGUCAUCUAAAGUAUUUGACUAAUGCUAUUAGUUAGCAGUUUAACUUUUGGUUUUACUAUUAAAGAACUGUGCUUUUGCGAGCUGUCAAAAAUAAACACAAUAGAACAUAAA